UCGGCGAUGGUAAACAAGGCGGUUGGCGCGCAGGCGCAGUACGAGCGCUGCCAUCAUGUCGAUUUUCACGCCGACCAACCAGAUCCGCCUCACAAAUGUGGCCGUGGUGCGCAUUCGGCGGGCGGGGAAGCGCUUUGAGAUCGCCUGCUACCGGAACAAGGUCGUGGGCUGGCGGAGCGGCGCUGAAAAGGACCUGGAUGAAGUCCUGCAGACCCACAGUGUGUUCGUGAAUGUCUCCAAAGGCCAGGUGGCAAAGAAGGAGGACCUUGUCAAAGCAUUUGGUACCGAUGACCAGACAGAAAUAUGCAAGACUAUCUUAACCAAAGGGGAGUUGCAGGUGUCUGACAAAGAGCGGCACACACAGCUGGAACAGAUGUUUCGCGACAUUGCAACCAUUGUUGCUGAAAAGUGUGUGAACCCAGAAACAAAGAGGCCAUACACGGUCAUCUUGAUCGAAAGAGCCAUGAAGGACAUCCACUACUCAGUCAAGCCAGGAAAGAGCACUAAGCAGCAGGCCUUGGAGGUGAUCAAGCAGCUGAAGGAGACCAUGCAGAUCGAGCGGGCGCACAUGAGGCUGCGCUUCGUCCUCCCUCCGAAAGAAGGCAAGAGGCUGAAAGAGAAGCUGAAGCCGCUCAUCAAAGUCAUCGAGAGCGAAGAUUUUGAUGAACAGCUGGAAAUUGUGUGCCUCGUAGACCCAGGCUGCUUCCGGGAGAUCGAUGAACUGAUACGAUGCGAAACCAAGGGGAAAGGGAGCCUGGAAGUGCUUAGCCUGAAAGACGUGGAAGAAGGGGACGAGAGACUGGAGUAGCAUCCGGCUGCCCACCUCCAUCUCUUCCAGCAAGUCCUAUAUUAAAGGCUGCCCCAAGCUGCCUCCUUGUGGGUUUAUUUUUUGCAAUAUCUAGUUUCAGUUAAAGUUUUUAUUUUGGUGUCUUUUUCUUCUCCCUACACUGACUGACCAGGUUUGAACACUACUAGUCCCUCGCUUAACUCUUAAAGGGAAAAAGGACCGCCUAGCUGGUUUGGCUCUACUGGGGCCACAGAUCCUUCUUCAAGGGCUAAGCCACAGUGAGUGAAAUGUACCCCAAGUGCCAAAGUAUCCUCCAUUUCAGCUGAGAGAUGUAAUGACUCAUUGAGGUGGGGCCAUCUGUAAGAGAAGCAGCUGAGGGCAGUCAUUUAAAUAAGCAGGAUGAGCUGAAUUGGAACACAGCCCAAGAGAUGGCUCUAGAGACUUGCAGAAGCCCUGCCUUGUGUUCCUGAAGACAACGGCCCCAUGCAAAACUCCCUCUUUGAAGGGAAGUACUCUGUUCUUAGGUACAAGCAUAACCCUUCUCAGAGAGGAGCACGGAGAAAGCCUUGCACAGAUUACAGAACCUCUAGAUUGGGGUUUUAGGAAGAGCUGUUUGCCCAUCCUUCUAUAGAUAGCUCUGGAAAUUUUCAAGAGCUUGGUCUUCAAAGACCUGCAUAGGACCGAGGCUUGGUGAACGGAAUACCCCUCUUCAUUCAAGAGGAACUGUAAGAAAGAACUGAUGGGACUCAAAUACUGACAACCCUGAAAAAGUUGUUCAGAUAAUUUAAUUUUCUUGGGGUAGUUGGGGGGGGGGGGCGGGUGCUUACAAUAAUAUAAAAGACAGUAUUUAUUAAUUAUGUGGCCUUUUGAUCUAACAAUGGACUCAGCUAAUGCUCAAAUAAACUUCCAAGCUUCUUUGGUGUUUUUUUUCUUGAUGGUACAAAUUUAUGAUGUGAGGGACGAUUCAAAUGGCUAAUGGUGGAAGUCACUGAUCAAAUCAUUGAGCAGAAAACUCGGGGGAGAAUAUUAAUUUGCUCUAGAAGAAGAAAGGUCCGUACAAAAUAAAAUGCAAAAACAUUUCUUGA